GGGCGAGCCCGGGGUGCGCCUGCGCACAGCGCACUCUCGCCCGGAGCCGCAGUCUCGGGAGCGCCAAGGCGGUUUUUCAGUCAUCUUCGGCCAGCCGGUCCCGGGAACCCCGCGUCGUUGGACUGCACCCUGGGCCGGACGUCCACGGGCAGGGGAGAGAGCCACAAUGCCGAUCAAUAAGUCAGAGAAGCCAGAAAGCUGUGAUAAUGUGAAGGUGGUUGUGAGGUGCCGACCCCUCAAUGAGAGAGAGAAGUCCAUGUGCUACAGACAGGCUGUCAGUGUGGAUGAAAUGAGGGGAACUAUCACUGUACAUAAGACCGAUUCUUCCAAUGAACCUCCAAAGACAUUUACUUUUGAUACAGUUUUUGGACCAGAGAGUAAACAACUUGAUGUUUAUAACUUAACUGCAAGGCCUAUUAUUGAUUCUGUUCUUGAAGGCUACAAUGGGACUAUUUUUGCAUAUGGACAAACUGGAACAGGCAAAACUUUUACUAUGGAAGGUGUUCGAGCUGUUCCUGAACUGAGAGGAAUCAUUCCAAAUUCAUUUGCUCAUAUAUUUGGUCAUAUUGCAAAAGCAGAGGGUGAUACAAGGUUUUUGGUCCGAGUGUCUUACUUGGAAAUAUAUAAUGAAGAGGUUCGUGACCUCUUGGGCAAGGAUCAAACACAGAGGCUAGAGGUUAAAGAAAGACCUGAUGUGGGAGUUUAUAUCAAAGAUUUAUCAGCUUAUGUGGUAAAUAAUGCUGAUGAUAUGGAUAGAAUUAUGACACUGGGCCACAAAAAUCGUUCUGUUGGUGCCACUAAUAUGAAUGAGCAUAGUUCCCGUUCCCAUGCCAUCUUUACAAUUACCAUAGAAUGCAGUGAAAAAGGCGUUGAUGGUAACAUGCACGUCAGGAUGGGGAAGCUCCAUCUUGUAGAUCUUGCUGGUUCAGAAAGACAGGCAAAAACUGGAGCUACUGGACAGCGCCUCAAGGAAGCUACAAAAAUCAAUCUUUCGCUUUCCACCCUUGGUAAUGUAAUUUCUGCCUUGGUUGAUGGAAAAAGCACUCAUGUGCCUUAUCGUAAUUCUAAAUUGACUCGUCUUCUUCAGGAUUCCUUAGGAGGAAAUUCAAAGACCAUGAUGUGUGCAAAUAUUGGGCCAGCAGAUUACAAUUAUGAUGAAACUAUUAGUACAUUACGGUACGCUAACCGUGCUAAGAAUAUUAAAAAUAAAGCUAGAAUUAAUGAAGAUCCAAAGGAUGCUUUACUUCGUCAGUUUCAGAAAGAAAUAGAAGAACUGAAAAAAAAGCUUGAGGAAGGGGAAGAAAUAUCAGGCUCUGAUAUCAGUGGGUCAGAAGAGGAUGAUGAUGAAGAGGGUGAGGUUGGAGAAGAUGGAGAGAAAAGGAAAAAAAGAAGGGGCAGUAGCAGCAGCAGUAGUUCAGACUCCACAUGUUCUGUCAUAGAGAAACCUCUGGAUAAGUUCUUGCCUAAUCAAGCAGGUAAAAAGAAAGUUUCCCCUGAUAAGAUGGUUGAAAUGCAAGCAAAAAUUGAUGAAGAGAGAAAAGCACUUGAAACAAAGCUUGACAUGGAAGAAGAAGAAAGAAACAAGGCUAGGGCUGAAUUAGAGAAACGGGAAAAGGAUCUUCUUAAGGCCCAACAAGAGCAUCAGUCUUUGCUAGAGAAAUUAUCCGCACUGGAGAAGAAGGUAAUUGUUGGUGGUGUUGAUUUAUUGGCGAAAGCUGAGGAACAAGAGAAACUUCUUGAAGAAUCUAAUAUGGAACUGGAAGAAAGGAGGAAAAGAGCAGAGCAACUUCGAAGAGAAUUGGAGGAAAAAGAGCAAGAACGCUUGGAUAUUGAAGAAAAAUAUACCAGUUUGCAAGAGGAAGCACAGGGAAAGACCAAAAAAUUAAAGAAAGUUUGGACUAUGCUGAUGGCUGCAAAGUCAGAGAUGGCUGAUCUCCAACAAGAACAUCAGAGGGAAAUUGAAGGUCUAUUGGAGAACAUUCGACAACUUAGCCGGGAGCUUCGGCUUCAGAUGCUUGUUAUUGAUAACUUUAUACCUCAGGAUUACCAGGAAAUGAUUGAAAACUAUGUCCAUUGGAAUGAAGACAUAGGAGAAUGGCAGCUAAAAUGUGUUGCCUACACAGGAAAUAACAUGAGGAAGCAAACUCCAAUUCCUGAUAAAAAAGAGAAAGAUCCCUUUGAAGUGGACCUUUCCCACGUGUAUCUUGCCUACACCGAGGAGAGCCUGCGACAGUCCCUGAUGAAAUUGGAGAGGCCAAGGACUUCAAAGGGGAAAGCAAGGCCAAAGACAGGGAGAAGAAAGCGUUCUGCAAAGCCUGAAACUGUAAUUGACUCUUUACUUCAGUAAAUGUUACAGACUUAAAGUCUCAAUAAAAAUAUCACUAUCCUCAUGCCUGGACAAAAUAUUUAAUUAAAACACUGAAGACUUUUGUGUAAUUUCAAGUAAUGAAAGCUGUAAGUCAUGGAGUGAGACUGGAAGUAGUAAUUUCUCUAAUAAUUUUUAGUCUAUAUAUGCCAAUAUAACAUUGAAAUUGCACAACUGGUAAUUGUUCAAAUAGUCAUAUUACUCUUCAUUUUAUACUAUGCAGGGAAGUUGGGGGAGCAGCUCCUACUAUAGAGAGUUGCUGUCGAAAUGUAUUCAUAAAUCUGCUAGUAAUUUGCUCAACUUCUGUGUAUUUACAUAACUGGAUGUUCAAAAUAGAAUAAAAUGUAGGUCCUGUCUUGCACAUAGACAGCGGUUCUAAUUGUCCUAUGUUUUGCUGUUAUAUAUGAAUGUUUGAGCUGCGUAUCUAAGAAAUGAUUCAAUCCUAACGCCCGCCCUGCCUGUUUAAAUAUGUUCUCAUUUUUGUGUUAUCUUUAUUGCAUUUUAAGUAUUAGAUGACCUGUAGAAAAUUUAUAAUUUACAGUCAAUCUUUACAAGAACACGUAGAAAAUAUGUUUGAACUGUACCUCUCUUGACCUUUUUUGCCAUUUAGAGUUUAAAUCAAAUAUACUUUUGUUCUGGUUUCAUGUUCUCUUAAAACAUUGAGUAUGUACCUAAUUAUAAAGGAGUCACAGUUGCAGGAAAUUAAGCUAAAUACUGGUCACUAGUCUUUGCUGUAUGUGUAUAUUUUUUAAAAUUUAUUUUGAAGUGUGAUUAAUGGAUGCUUCCUUUUAAGUUGUAAAUUGUGAUGAAAAUUGAGUCUCCAUUUCCCAGAAAGUACAACUAAAGCAAGAAAAAUAGCUUUUAAUCCUCUACCUUUAAAAUACUUUAUUUUGUUUUUUCUUUAUAGUUUAUUAAAUGAAAUAUUCUUCCCUAAAUUUCUUCCAUUGACAAAUCCAGUCAGACCAUCUUCCUCUAAAAAUAAAAAUAAUAUUUAUUUUAUAGUAAAAUAACUUGUAACAUAUAGAAUUGUGUUUUCCUUUUUGGCUGCUUACAAAAUUUUUGUUUUUAUUUUUUAAUGUUAUGUUACACCACUUAAUAUAUCUUUUGUGAAUUUUAAAAUAAAUUAGUAUUAAGUUAACGUUAGUUUAAGAAGCUUGGUUAAAUGGUUUAUAAUUACAAAGCCAUGUAUAGAGUGGGGUGAGUAAAGGUGGUGUACUUGUGAGGUGGUAGUAAAACUGUGUCCAUAAAUUUAAAGUACGUGACAAAGGUGUGUACUGAAUGCCCUGGGUAUGGUGCAUAUUUUCUAGGUAAUAAGAAUUGCAUUUAACUGGUAGCGUUUUCUUUGUAGUAUGUAAGAUAGACGUUUAUAACUUUACUCUGUGAGGCAACUGUUUACGUACUGUGAAGACUUGAGGUAGAUCCGUGUCUUGUAAGAGCUUUGUGUGAGCAGAAUAUUUUGGCAAUUGUAGAUGCACAUUUAACUGUUAGUAAUUACUCUAUGGAAAUCUUAAUUUUACCAAUAGAAAGAAAAGAUGAAUACUUCUUCUUUUUAGAAGUUCAUGUUUAUCUCCUUUAACUAUCUAGUUAAUAAGAAAGGAAUAGCUUUUACAUUAAGCUCUAAAACAGCACAGAAAACUUAAGCCAGUAUGUUAGAUUGUUUUCUAUUCCACUCCACUAUAAUAACAAAAAGAAACCUAUAAAAAGUCAAAGCAUUAAAAAUUUUUUAAAAAAUAGGCUACCUUAGCAGUUUUUUAAAAGUAUUUACAUUAGAACUUAUUAUACCAGAUGGACAAUAGUUGUUCAUCUUAUGAAAUACCAAAAUUAUAUAUUUAGGCAGGCCUGACUCAUCCGUAUGAAAACAUGGGACACUGACUUGACAGCGAUUCUCUUAGCUCCAAUCAUAGCAGCAGUUCUGUGGUUUCUUCACACUUACUGUGUCUUUGUGCACAAAUAAAAUAUUUUGUAACUUCAAUGUUAAUUUCAUAUAAGGAUAUAGAUAAGCAAACUUGCUCAUUAUAUGAAAUAGACGGACUUAAAAUGAGUGGCACAUAUAAAUAGGUUUUUGAAUGGGUAUUUUCUUUUCUCUUUAGUUUUAAAAAGCAUUAUUUAUUUAUUAAAAGGAGCCUUGGUAGAAUGUUAUUGGUUGUGGUAUAUUCUUUAAUAAGCCCUGUAAUUAUAUAUACUGAUAGUUAGGAUAUUAAAAUAUCAUCGUAGUCCUCAUUUUUGUUUAGGUGCUUGUAUUAAAGUAUAAGAUUACUCAAGGAGGGAGGUCUGAAUCCAUGUGUUUACCCCACAAAUAGAAUCCAUUUGAUCUACUUUCUAGGAAAAGGGGACCUUUCUUUUUGCAGCAAGAGAUUUAAGGUCACUUGGGAUUGGGGGGGGGUGCCACUUCAUCUGUAAGAUUUUUAGAAAAAUUAUGAUUUUGGGGUUUUGUUUCUUCAUAGUCUUUUUAAAAUGUCUUUCCCCUUGACUCUUAAGGAAUGUCCCUCUCUUUCCUACAGGGCUGUGAAUUAAGGAACUGGUAGGGUGUACAUUUAAGCACUCCAGUGUCUGCCCAAUUUCUUAAUAUAUGCAUUUGUUUUCCUUUUUAGCUAUUUUUAAUUUAAAAUACUAGAACAAAACAUAGAUCUUCCUAGUGCCUUUGAACUUACACUGUAGUCUGACUAGUUUAAAUCAUUAAUAACUUCAGUAGCAUUGCUAUAAUACUGUAUACUGGUCUAAAUUACAAAUUGUACAAUAAAUUUGUUGCAUUAAUUUCAAAAGCCCCACUUCCAUUGUAUUUUAUGUAUAAAUUGUAUUUGUUCAAGUUGUACAUAUUGAUAUUGUAUAUACAUGUGCAGCAUGGUUAAAUAAGAAAUAAAAGUGUUUACAUAAUGCCUGUA